CUCUUCCGUUGCAUUGAUUGGUCAGAGGUCGGCGCCAUGAUUGCUAUUGGCUAAAUCGACUCCCCUUUAAUCUGAAACCUUUGAUUUCCGAAUGUUGAAUUAACUCCUAGGGGCUCCGGUCAUCUGGUUGUUCCUGGGGGCUCCAAAUGGAGUUCGGUUGCGAAUCUGUGGCCUGCGCGAGUUUGGUUCUGCGGUAAUUUUUAAACAAAUUGUCUGGUGCCCGGCUGCUAAUAAUUUCCUCUGCUCCAUCGCUGUGCUGUUGUAACUUCACAUUUGACUGAGUGUUCGUCUUCAUGCCAAGUUGCUAUCAUGACAUGGAACCGUCAGUUUGGUGCGUGUAAUCCGGAGGCCUGAUCCGUUGAAAUUUCUCAUUUGCUUAUAAGAGGACUCGAUGUGAUGGUCAUUCAGAAAAGAAAAAAAAACUAUCUGACCUAAAAAAAAAACUAUCAAGGGGUGACUGCCAUAGUAGGAACAUCACGGCCCAUGUUCGGAUAUUUUUCUGAGACCGUGCUCAAGUCGCUUUACUUCCUUUUUCGAAGCUGUCAGCUCUUUUACUUACUGUUGGAAAACUAAACAUUGUGCAUUGAAUGGGGUUUGUGUGGCCGACUGGGUUACAAGCCAAGGAAAAGUUGCCUUCCUCUUGGAUGUUUUGUUAGCUUAAGCAAGAAGCCUUGCUUAGGAAGAGUGAGGUCAUAGAGAUGGUAGAGCCGUUGAGGGACUUAGAUAAUACAUAAUGCUUUUUUGGGAUGUGGACAUUCCUCACAAUAUAGUAUAUGAGCUCUCCACAAGGGACACUUUAUUGCCUAUGCACAGCUUUUUUUAGCACAUUUUGGAUGUGAUUACAGCACCAACUCUUGGAGAAGAAAUCCUCCCAAAAAUAAAUAAUGGAAUGCCAGAUAUGAUUGACUGUAAGGGCAUUGAUCAUUGGACCAUAUUUGAAUUCUGCCAGUGGUGGAUGCCAAGAUGGCCCACGAUGCAAGGGAUGAUAACACAUGUCUAACUGAAGAUAGAGAUGGUGCAGUGGUUAGCACAUGCACAAAGGCAAGCCUUAAUCAAAGCAAUUUAUUUUUGUUUUUAUUUGGUUAAAAUCUAGUAUCUCAACUUCUAGAUUUAUGCUAUACAAGCAGAAUUUUAUUACUCUUCAAGUCACUUGAACAAUAUUUUGCGUCAAAAGAUUGGCAAAAAAAUAGAACCAUGAACAGCCGAGCACAUAGCAGCUAGUUAGCUGGUGGCUCAGACACGUCUCUUAUAUACUCAAAUGUUCAGAGCCAUUACACUGCUCGCAGUGACUAAUGAGCACAUCUUAGUGGACACUCCGUACAUAUGGAGUAGUUUAGAUGUUUAGUGGUCAAUUCCCAUCUAUUUUUAUUGGGAUAAUAAGGCUUUUUUUUAAUUGUGUGUAACUGUGUAUUUCCUCGGUGAGGAUAUGACUACUUUAUGUGGAUUUGGUAAUUUGUUUGUUGCAUGGUUGUGUGACUUAGCCUCUUUAGCAGAAGUUCCAUAGAAGUAGAUCAUUCAUGCUGGCUAAGUGGCUAAAUGGCAACUCAAAUAGCAUCAUUGUCCAGUCCCAUCAAACUUCAUAUUCAGCAGAUGACUGCAUUAGUUACUACAAUUAGACAUUAUCUGUAUUUAUGCUCUGCAAAUGUUAUGCAGGUAUCCUAUUGCGCUGUUUCCACCUUAACAAUAUUUUGUUUGAUGCAUUGGAGCAUUUUUAUAAGUAGGUUUUGCUUGAGAUGCAUGUAUGUUUGAAACAGUUGAACCAUUCUCUUCACUAGCAUGAGUCUGAGUCUCUCUUGGGUAAGAUGCAUAUUACAGCUGCGCUUACCAUCUAAUAAUAAUACUAAUUCCCUAGGUUAGAUUUCCAAGGGUAAAAUAUACUGUUUUGGAGUGUGUUGCUUUUUUGGGGCACACUAUGCCACGCUCAAGUUAAGCAAAUUUGACUUUCCCAGGCUAUGGUUUUGUUCCUGUCAAAGUUUUGCCUCACAUAUUGUGUAUUCUAUCCGAACAUUCCCUAACUUGUAUGACAGAUUUUGGAACCACAAAACUUGUGGCUGCUCACACUGAAGAAGUGACAAUGUGUCGCAUUGAACCAAGCACCCCCUUAUUUGCCCUAUUGAGUUGCUGUCCUACAAAAUUGAAUAUUCACAAAAUGUAAAUGCACGGUACACAAUGAGAGUGAAGAAGCGAUUACAGUUUGAGGAAAAGAAAAGUGCCAACCAAAGAAGGCUCCUCUCUGAUGCAGAGACAGUGAGGUGGCUAAAUUAUGCUGUUGAGAAGAUGUGGCCAGUUUGCAUGGAAAGGGUUGCAUCCCAGCAGUUCCUUUUGCCCAUAUUCCCUUGGUUCAUAAGCAAGUUCAAACCAUGGACCGCAAGGAAAGCUGAGAUCCAAAGCCUCUACUUGGGUCGGAAUCCACCUAUGUUUACAGAUAUCAGGGUCGUCAGUCAAUCAACUGAUGAUGACCAUCUGGUUCUGGAGCUAGGAAUGAACUUCCUUGCUGCAGAUGAUAUGGAUGCAAGGAUGGCUGUACAACUAAGGAAGAGAUUAGGGUUUGGUAUUACAGCAAACAUGCAUAUAACUGGCAUGCAUAUUGAAGGCAAGGUCCUUGUUGGUGUGAGGUUUCUUCAACAGUGGCCCUUUAUUGGGCGUGUACGAGUGUGCUUUGUUGAGCCUCCAUACUUCCAGAUGACAGUGAAGCCGCUAUUUAGCCAUGGGCUUGACGUGACUGAACUUCCAGGAAUUUCUGGAUGGCUUGACAGAAUGUUGGAUGUUGCCUUUGGACAGACCCUUGUUGAGCCUAACAUGCUAGUUAUUGAUAUGGAGAAGUUUGCCUCAGAGUCGGAAUCUACAGAUAAUUGGUUUACUGUUGAUGAGAAGCCACCUAUUGCGCAUGCCAAGGUAGAGAUCAUGGAGGGGGCUGACAUGAAACCUUCUGAUCCAAAUGGUUUAUCGGACCCGUAUGUGAAAGGCCAGCUUGGACCAUACCGUUUCCAGACAAAGAUCCAUAAGAAAACUCUCAACCCCAAAUGGCUGGAGCAGUUCAAGAUACCAAUUACUUCAUGGGAAUCAUCCAAUCUUCUUUCUCUUCAAGUUCGAGACAAGGACCAUAUCUUUGAUGACCCACUUGGCAAUUGUUCAAUCAGUAUCAAUAAACUGAGAGGAGGACAAAGACACGAUAUGUGGAUUCCACUAAAGCAUAUAAAGACAGGGAGGGUUCAUAUAGCUGUCACGGUACUUGAAGAUGAAAAUGGAAAGGUACCUAGUGACGAAGAUGAACUGUGUGGAACACCCAAGGAGGGGAAAGCUAGCACACCAGGGUCUAGUUUUUCUUCGAAGACCAACACCGAGAGUGCAUCUUCUGCGGGAUACCGGAAUAUGACCGAUGAAUAUGAACCUGUGGACAUCAAAGGACUGGAAAAGGCUGGAGUCUGGGUUCACCGGCCGGGCAGCGAUGUCGCCGCUACCUGGGAGCCUCGGAAGGGGCGAGCGCGGUGCCAGGAUUCCCAAAUACUGCGGGAGAACGAUGGCUGCAGUGAUAGCCCCAGGUCAUCGGUGUCGGAGUCUCAGACAAGCAACUCCAGCACUGAAGAACCGGCUAGCGGCAAGAAAUCGCAUCGCCACCUCCGCAAGGUGAAGAAGGGUUUGGUGAAACUGGCUGGAGCUAUGCGCCACAACAAGAACUCCAAGAGCACGAGCGAUGACGAAGAAACCUCUCCGUGCGAAACGCCGCACCCGAACAUACGGCCUGUGGGAGAAAGCAGGGUGUCGGUAACGUAUGUCGUCGAUGAAGACGCGGGGAGCAGCAGCAUGGAGCGGAGGUCGGAUGACGCGCACUCCAGCCCCGAGAGGGCCGGGGACGAGAGCCCGACAAAGGGACAGCUGAGGAAGAAGGCGGCGCAUAUGGUGAAACAUGCGGGGAAAGCCGCCCAUAACCUGAAGAGCAUGCUCAGCAGGAAAGGCCUUGACAAGGGCAAGGAAGGCGAGUGCAGAAACGAGGAGGAAGGCGAUCUCGAUGUGACGAGAGUUGAUUCUUUUCCUGCACGCAGCGGCGCUGUGGGCGAUGCUGCGGAGUCCUUGGCUGGUGGCAAGCACAAAGCGCUGUAGAAUCUGGGGCAGUAGUACAUAUAGGUUGACGUUUCUAGGUAGUUACAUGAACCAAACCGCGCUGUAGAAUGGGCAAAGUAGCAUCCUUUUGUUGUGCUAGACGAAGUAUCUCCGUAAAUAUUAAUUGUAUGCCACGUGCAUUACUAAAGGAUGUUUUUGGCUGGCAA